AUGGUUACACCAGAAUAUGUGUUUUUUUAUAUAUCUGUAAUACUUGCUGUUAUAGUAACUGUGUUCGCCAACCUGCUUGUCAUAAUAUCGUUGUGUCACUUCAAACAGCUGCAUACGGCAACUAAUGUGCUUAUCCUUUCCUUAGCUGUGGCAGAUUUCAUGGUGGGACUGUUUGUGAUGCCACUGGGAUUCAUCUGGCUGGUGGAGGCAUGCUGGCUCUUUGGGACAUAUAUUUCUGCUUUUUUCAACUUUUUGCAUUCCUGUUGACAACAGGCGUCUGUUCAUAAUGUGGCUCUCAUUGCAGUGGACAGAUACCUUGCUCUGAACAAUCCCUUUCUCUAUACCAAGCAAAUCACUGUGAAUUUCACUGUCAGUGUGGUCUUGUUUACCUGGGCGGUUUCAGUGGGGUAUAAUGUUUCUGUUCUUUACUGCAGUGGGUUUUUCACGACCUCGCAGGCACUGUGUCCGAGCGAGUGUCCCGUUGCUGUGAGCGAAAUUUGGUCUUGGGUUGAUUUUGUGGUGGUGUUUGCAUUACCUUGCUCCAUCAUGAUUAUAUUGUAUAUCAAAAUCUUUGCCAUUGCCAGGAGGCACGCCAAUGCCAUCAGGGCAGCUAAUAAUAAUCAGAUCAAUGUAAAUGGAAGCAAGAAUGAGAACAUGCCCAAACGAUCUGAGAGAAAAGCUGCCAAAGUGCUGGGAAUACUUGUGUUUGUAUUUUUGUUAUGUGUUGUUCCAUAUUUCACUGCUAGUGUCAUGGCUAGGUUUAUCAAUGGCCAAGUGUUAGAGAUUGUGCUAAACUGCACAAUCAGUAUGGUUUACCUGAAUUCUUUGUUUAAUCCAGUUAUUUAUGCUUUUUUGUACCCAUGGUUUCAAAAUAGCAUGAAGUUGACUUUGAGGUGUCGUAUAUGUACCCCCGAGUCCUCUUUCAUGCAGCUGAAGUGA